AUGUCACAAAACGUUGUGGGUGUGGAAUCUGCGAGCGCUUCGAGGGGCGAUACCAGCAACUACGUCGUGGAAUCCUUUCCCUUCCUACCAGCUCGAAAGUCGAUGCUGGGAGUUGUGGGUGCCGGCGGAGCGGAGGCCCACCACGUACGGACCAUAUUGGUACGUCUUAAGGAGGAAAAUUCACCACCACUAGUAACUAGCAAAAGGCAUAGCAUUGCGCAAGGUCAAGGUCACGAAUUGACGUAA